AUGGCUUAUCCGAUUGGAACUUCUGAAUGGGAUAUGGAAAUCCCAAGCGAGACUCCCCAAACUGAGGCUCCCCAGACCGAGACUGCACCUGAAACUGUCGAGACAGGAACCAUGCAAAUGGAUACCGCAGAGUUAGUCCAAGAUCCAGUCAUUGAACAAAAUGGCCCCCGUCUUGAUGGAACUGAGGACGAGGAGAUGCUCCGCGAUCUCGGAAAUAGGAAGUCGGAAGAGCGCAUCCUGUUUGAUGGUCCGAUGCCGCGUUCUGUCCAGUUCGUGAGAGAAGACGGCUCCUUGAUCCCAGAGACACCAUUCAUCAAGGACAAAGGAAGCGACGUUCGGAUAUCGGUGGUCGGUCGUCCUGUGGCUGCGAAGAUACGAUUCAAGGUCUUCGUCAGGAACGUCAAGGACAUAAGCAAAGGUUUGAUGCACUCCAUCAACCUUAUGCACACCGCAUACCUCGAGUUCGAUCUGCACCCACCUGCUCGUUCGAGCAUGAUGGGCCCUCAUCGAUCCGAGGUCUCCGAAUUCGAGUGGGAGGACAAGACAUCUGCCGCGCCGGGCGCUGAAGGGACAGAAACGACCGAGCAGUCAAACUACAUCGACAUCAAGUUCAAGACGAACGGCGGCGUUUCGUGUGGCCUACGCCACACUAACGAGCAGUUCGAUGUCGAGACGGUGGACCUUCUUCGCCACAUGAACAGCUUCACGUAUGACACGUCUACUGAAGCACGGAUUCUUCGUGUGCGCAUGUAUGUCGACGCCGAGGACGUGGCUGGCGACAGAUUGAAGGGUAUGCGCGAUGCCCUUCGAUCCAUCAGCCGCCAACGACCUCUACAGCGAGCGUUCUUCCCGUACUGCGCGAGGUCCGAUCUGAUCCGAUGUAUAUACGGACAGUUCGCAUCUCGCCAGGACGUCUUCCAGAGGUGGAACCCUGUCGCGUUCCCAGCAAGCGACUUCUUCCAUAACCUUGACGACGGUCAUGUUAGGCUCGCGUACGGCGCGGUGCUGGAGGACAGAGUGCAAAAGCUUCACCUGAACCGACUUUCGAAGAAACAAUCGAAGAUCGGUUUUGUCUCGUAUUCUGGGAAGUCUGUCAUUGCUGUGGUCAAGAUCGACAAGGCAGGGCUCAAUGAGAAGUUUGUCCCUGAGAUCAUGCGCGGCUCUGAUGUGGUGGUGCCCGACAACACGCCAGUGACUGUGACCUUCUGUCCCAAAGAAGGUUUCAACCACAAGACCGUAGCCGGCAUUGUCAUCCCCGACUAUGCGUCAAUCAAGCAGGGUGAUAUUUAUAUCGCAAUACACGGCACAUCAAUCUUCAAGAAGGCAAGGGGUCUGCUCACAUCUCCUGGAGAUCGACUCCGUUGGUGUACUGGAAAUGUAGAGUUCUCUGACAAUAACGCUCCGAUCAAGAGACAGGUAAACUGUCUCGAGCUCCUUCACAAUACUGCUUCUCACCUCUGGACCUCUGUCUUCCUGAACCAGGAGUUGAGCGGCAUGGAGAUCAUUGACCCUUUCGCUGAACUUGACGAAGUCACUGUCAAGGCAGCAUUCGACGCGGUUCUGCAUCUGAAGAACUGGACUGACCAGCAAUUGGCUGUGUUCAAGAUGAUCAGGCAACUGAGAGGUGGUGUAGGACUCAUCGAAGGAUACCCCGGGUGCGGAAAAACCACUGUUCUUGCAGCACUUGCCCUUCUGUGCCACAAGGCUGGACUGCAUAUACUCAUCGUCACACCCUCAAAUGCUACUGUCGACGCAUUCACUUCCGAACUGCUGUUGAUGGCGCCCGAAAUCGACUACGUUUGUAUCCGGCAGGCAACAAUUGAACGGACGUCCAUAUUUGGGAAGAAAGUCGACGAUGAAGACGAUAAGCUAUCGGUAGAGGACUUUAAAACUUCGAUUGUCAAUCUGUUAGGGAUUCUGAAAAACUCCCAGUACCAGAAAGCACAGGGCGAUCUGAGGUAUUCAGUCUUUUCUCACGUCGACCGCCACGCCAGGAAGCAACUCGCUGCUGGAGAAAGGCUCCUUGUACGUAUCAGACAGGAGGAAGAUGAGGAAUUGGAAGAGGACCCUGCCCUCGGUUCUGAUCACAACGACGAGGAUGAGUCCGCUGAGAAGGAUACACGUGAGGUGAUUGAAGCGUACUCCGUGUUCCGUGACUGGAUUGAUUGCCCUCCUGAAAAACCUGAAUCUCCGAGCAAUUCCGAGCGAAUCCAGAAGUUGGACUUAUGGAAGGAACAGCGAUCACGUUUCCGCAAAGCCUAUGAAGCUAUCGCGAACGAAAUCGUCAAGAAUACCCGCAUCGUCGCUUGCACGGACAACCUGGCUGGUUCACCGCGAAUUCGGAAGCACUUCGGUACAGACACCAAAGGUAUCGUCGUCAUCAGCGACGAAGAUAGCCAGGCAGUUGAGCCAAACACGUGGAUUCCUAUAGUGUCACUCAAUCAGGCAAAGUUCGUCAAGGCCUCAAUCCGCGGUGGAGACCGCCAUCAGCUUCCGCCUCUUGUCGUCUCAGACUUCCAAAGUCCAGGUAUAAAUGAGUUCUCUCAUCAAUUAACCCGCUCUUUAUAUAAUCGUCUGCUGCGGACCGGCUUUCCGUCUUACAUUAUCGGAAAGCAGCAUAGGAUGAGACCCGAGAUCUCCCGAUUCCCAUGCGAGUUCACAUACUCAGGAAUGUUGGAGGAUGAUCCAUCGGUGCAUGAUCUCACAAUCAAUCCCAUCUUUGAGCAGAACCUGCGAGGUUAG